AUGUCGCGUCCUAUCCACCCAGUUCAGGAUGAUUCGCACGCAGCAAAACCAUACCCCAAACCCCUAAAGAUGUCCGGUGCACUCGACAGGUUCAAGUACGUCGAAUGCUGCCCGGCACUGGGAAGAGAAUACCAUGGCCUGCAGCUGUCCUCUAUUAUUGAUGACGAAGCCAUUGUGAAAGAUCUGGCAAUUAGCAUCUCUGAACGCGGAGUUCUGUUCUUCGACGACCAGGAUAUCUCAGCUGCAGACACGAAGCGUCUCUUGUUGAAGUUCAACAGAUUGACUGGUGCACCGAAACAAUCUGGGAUCUACAAAGUCCCUGGCCCAACCCUGGAGUAUCCUCAUAUACCGGAGUCUGGUGACCCUGAAGUCUCGGUCUUCUCCUCCACGUCCAUGAAGCUCCCGAAAAAGCCUGCCGAACGGCCAUUGGCCAGUUUGUUAUGGCAUACGGACGACACCUUCGAGAAACAUCCCCCGACCUAUACAUCCCUCAAGCUCAUCAAGAACCCCCCGACAGGAGGCGAUACGCUUUUCGUCUCUUCCUACGGCCUUUAUGAUCGCCUUUCCGAGCCAUGGCAAAAACUUGCAGAAUCGCUUACAGCAACCCACCGCGUCAACCAUCUCAAAGACAUGGCGAAAGCAGGCGUACUCAACCUCCCGCCUGACACCGUGAGAGGCCACCCGGAGAACACUGGAUAUGAACUAUCUGCCUCCCACCCCGUUAUCCGAACAAACCCCGUAACAGGCUGGAAAGCACUGUAUGGCGCGGCAAUUGGGAUUCGCGAUGGCGGGUUUGACAAUCUCGCGCCGCAUGAAAGCGACCUGCUCAAGAAGUAUUUCCACGAUAUGAUCACCAACAACUCGGACCUGCAAAUCCGCCGCCGGUGGAAAGGCGUUAAUGGCGUGGCACUGUGGGAUAACCGCGCCGUAUUCCACGCACCGACGCUGUAUGUCCUAUUUCCCAGACAUACACACUUGGAAAGUGCAAAUCAAUGCUAA